UAAAAUUAAAAAAAAAAUAACUUGAUGUGUAUAGCAUUUUUGAGCUGUAAAUUUCGUGAAUUCUCAAGCAGCAUCACUUUGUGUCUAAUUUCCUUUUAAUUUUUAUUCCUUUAUAAGAUUGUCGCAAUGAAUUCUACUAGAAGACAUAGCUCCGACUACGAUGAUGGAUUUGAUGCCACGGAUUGGGAUGUAUUUGGCGCCGACACAGAUGACGGUAACACAAGGAAUGAUCGUUAUAGUAAUGCAUAUGGUGAAUACAGAGGAGGAUAUGGACCUAUGAAUAGUGCCAGUAACAGAGAUGGAUUUGGACCAAUAAAUAAUUUUGGAUAUGGACCACCUAAUCUUGUUAGUUAUCCACCUAACCUGAUGGGCCAAGGACCUUUUGGACCUGGUCCUCGGCCCUGGUACAAUCAAGAAGAUUAUUAUAUGAUGGGCAGGGGUUAUGGUCCUCAAGGUCCUGUGAGACCAAGGAGAUACAAUGAUAAAGCUAUGAAAUUUCUGUUAAAAUGUGGGGUUCCAAAGGAAAAUUUAAGAAAUCUGCCAAAAGCAUUGCUUGAAUUAAUGACUGAAGAAAGUUGUGGAUUGUGCGGUCUGACUUUCAAUGCAUAUUCAAUGGCUCGCAUCCAUUAUGUUUCUAAAAACCAUUACAAGAAUAAUAAGAAAUGGUUAACUCAACAUUCCGAAGUUGGAUUACAAAACAAUGCUGAGGUUCCUUUUAAGGCCCGUGAAUUGUAUUGUGAACUCUGUGAUGUUCACAUCACAUCAACACUUCAUGCUAAAUCUCAUUACGCCGGGAAACCGCAUCGAGCUGUUGUAGAUGGUCGGAAGAUGCCUCGGAACCCAAUCUUGCUCCAAGAACAUAUGGCUUCGCGCUUGGAGCAGCUUAUCCGGCGCGAGAAGAAAAGUUUAAAAGCAGUCGAAGAUGAAAAUGGCAAAGCUGAGGAAACAGCCAAAAACAGCAAGUUAGUACAGUCUGAGCUCUACUGCCAAAUAUGCAAGACCUCUGUAACAUGCAGCGAGCAAAUGACCCGGCAUUUAAAUGGUAAACGUCAUUUGGCAAAAGAAAAGCAGCACAUCCUGAGAAUGAUGAAAGGCGAAUCUAAAGACGACGGCAAAGAGAAGAGCAAUAAAAAUGGGGCAGAAGGUGAUAAAGUAGGGUGCGAUGAAAGUGAUGGUGAAGACGCAGGUGAUGAUGUUGAAGAAGGAAGUGGAGUUGUUGAUGAUCAGCAAGGAGACAACCAGAAAGGUGAAGAAGGCGAUUGGGGAAAUGGUAGCGGAGACUGGGAUGAACCAGAGACUAAAUGAUAAUUGAAACACUAUAGAAUUAUACUAAAGUUAUAUGUUAUCCAGACAAAAGAACACAUUGAAGAACUUUGAUUUUAGUAACUAAAAUUCAAAUGGAAAAUAACACGGAUAGAUUGUUUCUACAAGCAUGGUGAGUGGAAAUUCACAGUAAGAGUAAAGAAAUAAGAAGAAUUUAAUUUAGUGUAAUUUUCGUAUUUACAAUAGAAAUCUGUUGUCUUGCUGGGUUUUUCUAUUGAAUGCUUAAUUUUUGCUAUAGAUACGUGCUGUAGACUUAAUUUGCUUUCUCCUUGUAUAGAAAACUCUGUCAGGGUGACUUCUUAGUCUUGCACGCUUUUUUUGAAAACAAAUCUAUACAGUCCUGUACACAAGUGUUUUUUUUUUAUUUGAACCAUGAAUAAUAUGUUUACAUAACACUAUAUUACCUUUAUAUAUAAAUUUGUAAUCGGAUUUUCCAUGUUUGCGGAACUUCAUAUUUGUUGAAAUAAUUGUAUUUACAAGAUUUGUAGAGUAAUGUUUGGGUUCAAUCUGAAAAUAAAGAUGAAUGGUUGAA